AUGAAUGACACACACAAGUCUAGACAGUCAAAGCAUAUCAUCAAUAUUUCAUCGGUGACUCGUCCGGAACAUAGACAUUCAAUCAUCGAGAAGCCUGACUCCAAGGUACACCUGUAUCAGAUGAAGCCACGAUACCUCAUAGACUAUCAUGUGGAGAAGCCUGUUCAGUUUAUUGGUGAAGUAGAUGGAGUGUCACCUGACCUAGAUGUGACAAACAGAACUGAUGUGCUGCGGAUCAUUGACAAGGGAAAGAAACAAGGUGUCCUCUCAAGUCGUGUGACUCCAGAACAUUAUGCCCUUCUCUGUCUCAGUGUUUUUCAUAUUGAAGUGACUAAGUACCCUACAAACCAGAAUCUGUUGCUGAGGAUUCCCAUCCAUGAGAUUGCAGCUGUCUGCUACAUCAAGGAUGAUCAGCAACAUCUGCUGGCCUUCAAAUUUGGAACACAAGAAUCAUGCAAGCUGGCACUGAUGAUGUGUGAGAGUAAGCCUGUGGCAGAAGAGAUCUGUGCAUUAGUCAAUCAGUGUUUUACCCUGGUCUACAACGAGGCCACAGUCAGCUCUACAGAACGUCCUGCAAGCACUUCAAAUGGAACAGAAUCAACACUUCUGUACAGACCAGGAGCCAUCCCCUACCUACCUGAUUUCCCACGCAACUUUAAAGUGCCCAGUGACAGCGGUAGUGGCAGAAACAGUUUCAGUGACACAGGAGCAGGCAAGGAGUUGUUGGACGACUACAUGAAGAAGCUGACAACGAAACUAACUCCCGAGGAACUCUGUCUGUUCCUUGAACACUUGAAUGAUUGGAAGAGUGACAGCCCUUUCCCAGAAUUCUGUGAUGAAGUGUUGCAUCUGCUGGGAGAAGAGAGGAAACAGCUUCUUUCAGAUUUGUUGCCUUUUAUUCCGGCUGACAACUAUCCAUACUUUGAGGAAUUCCUGCGAAGGAAUGACAUUCAGAUACUGGACACUACAAGCACCUUGUCCAGCUCUAGGACUGACCUUCGCACAUAUUCAACGCGGCGGUCCCUCAGCGAAGUGUCCACUACAAGUAGCAUCAGCAACAACCUGACCAGUGGUGAUGCUCUGGACCACCUACUGGACCUGGCAAAGGCUGAGUACAACAGUGUGGAGGUUGAUGUCCCUGAAGAUUACUAG